UGUAGUUGCCAUGUUGGAUGACUGUAUCGCCGCUGCGGCUGCUCUACUUUUAAAGAUGAAACCCUCGCGUUUCCCCUCUUAAAGACGCAACCUAGGGGUGCUUAUUUGACCUUCUUGUCAACAAAGGGAGGAAUACUGCCGAUUUGUGGAGCAGGUGGUGCCUACGGAGACAGGCCUGAUCCUUGGCCAGCCAAGCCUGCCUGCAAAUCGGCAGAGAUGAUCCGGCUGAUGGAGGCCACAUCGCCCGCAGCCUGCAUGGACGUCGUGUAAAUUUCGUCAGUAUUAUUUAUUUAUUUUUAAGCGUCUCUUUGGACGACCCCUGCGUCCUUUUGAGGGAGUUUGAGAACUAACGAGGACAUGAACAGCCAUCCGCUACCCCGCCGGGUCGCCAACGUGGGCUCUCUUCUGCUGACCCCGCAGGAGAACGACUGUCUGUUUGGAUACCUGGGGAGGAAAUGUGCGACUUUGUGUUCUGCGGUGGUUCAGGUCUAUGCCGCUGACCGAACGUGCGGCUGGCUGAAGAAAUGCUGCGGAGUGGCGUGCCUAGUCAAAGACAACCCGCAGAGGUCCUACUUCAUACGUGUCUUUGACGUCAAGGAGGGGAAGACCAUGUUUGAGCAGGAGCUCUACCACAACUUUUCCAUCAGUUGCGCCAGAUCCUACUUCAUCUCCUUUGUGGGGGACACCAACCAGAUCGGUUUGAACUUUGCCAGCGAGGAAGAAGCCAAACGCUUCCGAGUGUGCGUCAAUGAGUUGCUCAGCCGCAGACAACGCAAGACCGAGAAAAACGGUGUGUCUAAAAAUGGUCCUACGCUGCACAUGGCUACGGUGGACAUCAAGAACCCAGAGAUCAACAACGUGCGUCUGAUCAACUCCGUUGGCUCGCAGUACCAUGUCAACAACAUGCUGAGUCACAGAAAGGACAAAAAGAACAAAGUCAAGAAGAAAAAGCUGACCAAGGCAGACAUCGGCACACCUAGCAAUUUCCAGCACAUCGGUCACGUGGGCUGGGAUCCAAACACGGGUUUUGAUCUUAACAACUUGGACCCAGAGCUGAAGAACUUAUUCGACAUGUGCGGAAUCUCAGAGGCGCAACUGAAGGACAGAGAAACCUCCAAGGUCAUCUACGACUUCAUUGAGAAGAAAGGAGGAGUUGAAGCCGUCAAGAACGAGCUCAGGAGGCAAGCGCCUCCUCCGCCUCCCUCACGGGGUGGCCCCCCUCCUCCACCACCUCCUCAUAGCUCCACCCCACCUCCUCCACCCGCACACAGCUCCACUCCGCCUCCCCCUCCUCCCCCGUCCAGAGGAGGCCGUGGGGCUCCCCCUCCUCCCCCGCCUCCAUCCCGCGCCCCAUCCUCGGCCCCCCCACCCCCACCGCCUACCAGACCGGGAACAUUGGGUGCGCCGCCUCCUCCUCCCACCAGGGGAGGCCCCCACCAUCCUCACCACCCUCAGCCUGCACCUGCCUUGCCUGCAUCAAUCUCUUCCCCACAAGCGCCGCCCCCUCCUCCUCCCCCGCCGGCCCACCAGUCCCCAGUGAAUCGAGCCGCCGCCGCCGCCCCGCCCACUCCUCCUCCACCACCUCCUCCGCCGGGACCCCCUCCUCCGCCGGAGCCAGACGGCAUGCGGGGCGAUGUGCCUCGCUCGCCACUCCCCGCUGGGAAGUCGGCGCUUCUUGAGCAGAUCCGGGGCGGUGCCCAGCUGAAGAAGGUGGAGCAAAACCACAGAGAACCACCACCCAGCAGUAGCACCGGGCGGGAAGCGCUGCUGGACCAGAUUCGCCAAGGCAUCCAACUUAAAACGGUAUCAGAUCACCAGGAAUCCAGUCCCCUUACGCCAGCACCCACAGUAGGCAUUGUGGGUGCCCUCAUGGAAGUCAUGCAGAAGAGGAGCAAAGCCAUCCACUCUUCAGACGACGAGGAUGACGAUGACGAGGAAGAAGACUUUGAAGACGACGAUGAGUGGGAUGACUGAAAACGCUAAGAUAGAAAAAAUCUUCCAGGAGCGGAUUCCAAUUUUAUGAAUUCUGCGUGUAUUUAUUUUGAUCCGUUUGCUUUUUUUUUUUUUUUUGCAGCCUCAUCGUUGUAGUUUGGCAGCCAUUUUGAGAAUGCACUUCCUCCGUCGUGAAGGUAUUUCAGCGGUUUUCGUACGUUUUUUUGUAAAUGUCUUUUUUUUUUCUUACACAAUGUUUUUCUUGCCUGCAGAGACUCUAACCAGCCAUCUUAUUUUCCCUCCAUGACCAAAAUGUUACCGUUAAGCUACCUUGUUUUUCAUCAUUAUUAUUAUUAUAGUUGUCGUUAAUGUGACUGAGGCGUUCAUUUGCACAAGGAUUUUGUUUUUAUGUCUAUGUCCAAUCACAUUUUAUUUCCACCUCGACCAUUCCAAGGUUUGGCGCGACUACGCUUUAACACGUUUUGCAGCACCGUUCAUCUCCCUUCCCGCGUCUGAUCGAUCCCCCAGGCGGACGGUGACGUCCUGCUCUUAUGCAAAGCAAAUAACAGUGAACCAAAAUAUAGACAGUGAUAAGAUGUAGUCGAGCUUUUAAACUGUUUUGGUUUUAACUACGCCAGUCAGCCAAACUGUGUGGACAGAUGCUAAAUUGUAUGAUUAAAUAAAUGUUCAUAUUUACAGUCAA